GAGCCGAGGUAGAGAAAGGGGCCCGGCGCCGCUCGCUUGCUGUGGACACGCUGUUCCUCAGGAUGCCUGCCUCUCUCGGAGAGUUGUGCCUUACUCCGGAGGCGGUGACAGAUCUGCGUGGCGGGUUUCUGGUUUUCUUGCCCCCACCCCUUCCCCAAAUCACUCCGAGAAAACACAUGUUGUAGCCGCAGAUAACUGUGCGUAGGACACCGAGGCAAAAGGGCAGGGAGAGACAGCCAAAGCCACCUUUGACAGCAGAAGUGUUAUCGCCAUCGCAAGUAUUCGUCCGGAAAUCUGUCUGCCCUCUUGGCCCACCUAAUUCCUCCACCUUCGCCUCCCCAAGUAGAUAAUCUAUAGAAGUGGGAAUGAGAUGAAAAAGAAGUCAGGUGGCUUAGAGAGUGAAUUGUUAAGUCUCCGUAAAGUUCGAGGUCACUUUCAUGAAUUCAAAGGUGAUUUACCAGUGACUUCUGGGUGCUGGGUGAUCCUCGUGUAUAACUAAGAAUGUCUUCCAAGCAAGCCACCUCUCCAUUUGCCUGUACAGCGGAUGGAGAGGAAACAAUGACCCAGGACUUGACCUCAAGGGAAAAGGACGAGGGCAGUGAUCAACACACGGCCUCCCAUCUGCCUCUGCACCCCAUAAUGCACAACAAACCUCACUCUGAGGAGCUGCCUACACUUGUCAGUACCAUUCAACAAGAUGCUGACUGGGACAGCGUUCUGUCAUCUCAGCAAAGAAUGGAGUCAGAGAAUAAUAAGUUAUGUUCCCUAUAUUCCUUCCGAAAUACGUCUACCUCACCACAUAAGCCUGACGAAGGGAGUCGGGAGCGUGAAAUAAUUAACAGUGUUACUUUUGGAACCCCGGAACGCCGCAAAGGGAGCCUUGCCGAUGUGGUGGAUACGCUGAAGCAGAAGAAGCUGGAGGAGAUGACUCGGACGGAACAAGAGGAUUCCUCCUGCAUGGAAAAACUACUUUCAAAAGAUUGGAAGGAAAAAAUGGAAAGACUAAAUACGAGUGAACUUCUUGGAGAAAUCAAAGGUACACCUGAGAGCCUUGCAGAGAAAGAACGGCAACUCUCCACCAUGAUUACCCAGCUGAUCAGCUUGCGGGAGCAGCUCCUGGCAGCUCACGAUGAACAGAAAAAGCUGGCAGCAUCGCAGAUCGAGAAACAGCGGCAGCAAAUGGACCUUGCUCGCCAACAGCAAGAACAGAUCGCAAGACAACAGCAGCAACUUCUACAGCAGCAGCACAAGAUUAAUCUCCUGCAGCAACAGAUCCAGGUUCAGGGGCACAUGCCUCCGCUCAUGAUCCCAAUUUUUCCACAUGACCAGCGGACCUUGGCAGCAGCUGCUGCUGCCCAACAGGGAUUCCUGUUCCCCCCUGGAAUAACAUACAAGCCAGGUGAUAACUACCCCGUACAGUUCAUUCCGUCAACAAUGGCAGCUGCUGCUGCUUCUGGACUCAGCCCUUUACAGCUUCAGAAGGGUCAUGUUUCCCACCCACAAAUUAACCCAAGGCUAAAGGGCAUAAGUGACCGUUUUGGCAGGAAUUUGGACCCCUCUGAACAUGGUGGUGGCCACUCUUACAACCACAGACAGAUUGAGCAGCUCUAUGCCGCUCAGCUGGCCAGCAUGCAGGUGUCACCUGGAGCAAAGAUGCCAUCAACUCCACAGCCACCAAACUCGGCAGGGGCAGUCUCACCUACUGGGAUAAAAAAUGAAAAGAGAGGGACCAGCCCUGUAACUCAAGUUAAGGAUGAAACAACAGCCCAGCCGCUGAAUCUCUCAUCCCGGCCUAAGACAGCGGAGCCUGUGAAGUCCCCAACAUCUCCCACCCAGAACCUCUUCCCAGCCAGCAAAACCAGCCCUGUCAACCUGCCAAACAAAAGCAGCAUCCCCAGCCCCAUUGGAGGAAGCCUGGGGAGAGGAUCCUCUUUAGAUAUACUAUCCAGUCUCAACUCUCCUGCCCUGUUUGGGGACCAGGACACAGUGAUGAAAGCCAUUCAGGAGGCUCGGAAGAUGCGAGAACAGAUCCAGCGGGAGCAGCAACAGCAGCCACACGGAGUUGAUGGGAAACUGUCCUCCAUGAACAACAUGGGGCUGAGCAACUGCAGGACUGAGAAGGAAAGAACCCGCUUUGAGAACCUGGGUCCCCAAUUAACAGGAAAGUCAAGUGAAGAUGGAAAGCUGGGCCCGGGUGUCAUCGAUCUCACUCGGCCAGAGGACGCAGAAGGAAGCAAAGCAAUGAAUGGCUCUGCAGCUAAACUACAGCAGUAUUAUUGUUGGCCAACAGGAGGCGCCACUGUGGCUGAAGCCCGUGUCUACAGGGAUGCCCGCGGCCGUGCCAGCAGCGAACCCCACAUCAAGCGACCAAUGAAUGCGUUCAUGGUUUGGGCAAAGGACGAAAGGAGGAAAAUUCUUCAGGCCUUCCCUGACAUGCAUAACUCCAACAUUAGCAAAAUCUUAGGAUCUCGCUGGAAAUCCAUGUCCAACCAGGAGAAGCAACCUUACUAUGAAGAACAGGCCCGGCUAAGCAAAAUCCACCUAGAGAAGUACCCAAACUACAAGUACAAACCCCGGCCGAAGCGCACAUGCAUCGUGGAUGGCAAGAAGCUCCGGAUUGGGGAGUACAAGCAGCUGAUGCGCUCGCGAAGGCAGGAGAUGCGGCAGUUCUUCACUGUGGGGCAACAGCCUCAGAUGCCCAUCACCACAGGAACAGGUGUUGUGUAUCCUGGUGCUAUUACUAUGGCAACGACCACACCAUCACCUCAGAUGACAUCUGACUGCUCUAGCACCUCUGCCAGCCCCGAGCCCAGCCUCCCUGUCAUCCAGAGCACGUAUGGUAUGAAGAUGGACGGCGCAAGCCUGGCUGGGAACGACAUGAUUAAUGGAGAGGAUGAAAUGGAAGCCUAUGACGACUACGAAGAUGAUCCCAAAUCAGACUAUAGCAGCGAGAACGAGGCCCCAGAGCCUGUCAGUGCCAACUGAGGAGCUUUUGUUUGCUGAAUUAAAACACUCUGACAUUUCGCUCCCUUUCCCCCAACAACAACAACAAAGUUCUUAAAGAGCCCGCAUGCAUUUGUGGCUCCACAAUACAUCAGCAGAAUGGUCUUAAUUGCUUCGUAACGUGUGAGACAGAUUACGUUUUCCUGAUUUUUCAUAAACUUGAGUUUUUGUCGUUACCGUUACUGUUGUUGUUUAUUUAGGUGAAGACGUAUUAAAUAUGAGACACCGGGACUUGGAAACUUAUCUCUGCCCAUCACCGUCUUAUGAGUCUUACAUUUCUGUCUUACUAUUUUUCUUUUGGAUGUUGACAAAGGGUUUAAGUUACUGUUUUAGAUGGGGUUAAACAUUCUCACUCAGGUAUGCUGUGCCGGCUACAGGUUGUGAAUGUGUUUUUAUUCUGAAUUACUUUAGAAAACAACUGAGGAUUUUGUAUUGUGAAACCGGACAAGUCCACGGCGUGAGCGGCUGCAUAUAGAACAUGUUCAAAAGGCCUCGGAAUUCCAUUUGUUUCAAUGUGUAGAAUUCAACUUUGAAUGUGCCAAACUUUUUUCAUAACUUUUGAAUCUUAACUAUUUUAAAAGUCUUACAGGAGACACUGCAAAGUCUUAGACAAUCUUUGACAUCUUAAAAUAAAAUAGCAAACCACAUUUUUUUUUCCAGAAAAUGGUGAAGUACUCAGGAAUCUGGAGACGAGAUAUUGUAAGGAAUGAGCAAGGCUGCCACAGUGCGUGAACCCAAUUGUGUUUGCCUCUUGAUGUGCCAUCAGUGUGUGGCGUGGGAUGACAUAGAUCAGAGCAAUCACCACACCAGACACCGCACGGUGGGCUCCCCUGUCUGAGACCACACCAGACACCGCACGGUGGGCUCCCCUGUCUGAGACCGCCUCUCACUACAUCCAUUCUUACCUUGCCUUUGCCCUGACAUUCAACCUUAACACAUUGUUCUCUUAAAUAAUUUAUUCAUUCCAGAAUGUCAAGGGUCCACUUACUAUUUAUUUUAAAAAUUAUUGGUGGCAUUAAUUUAAUAUUUUUUUUUUGCCCUCCUUGCCCUUUAACCUCUUUUUCCUGCUGGAUACAAAAGAUGUACAUAGCAAUCCCAUGUCCCCAGAGUCCCUGGAAACAUUUCUGAAGUGAUGCUAGUACAUGCAUAUAUUGUUGUUUUUAAAGACAAGUGUGUAGCUGGCUGCAGGGUUGUGCAUCUGCGUCAAGGUAUCCUACAUUUAAACCUGUAUGCCCCCAGGAGUCACCGUGACCUUGGGUCUUUGACUAGAGUUUCUCCCUCCUUGAGUUUUUCAGUAAACAGUAGAACCUGAGUUCCAUUCAGCAGUGAGGGUCAGCAGUGGUCACUGCCAGUCAAGGAGCCUCUCACAGCCACUCUGAAGCCCAAGGACCAUGGGCCACACGGGGUCUACUUUGGACCCGGCGUGCUGUCACCUUUAUUGAGCUACCUGGUCCCAGCUGGCACAUCCAUGGAGAUCUUUGCAAAACUCGAAAGGUUGUUAGACAACUCCGAGGAAAGCCAGGAAGAAAGGAAAGCACAGGCAAGGGAAGCAUGGGUGAGCUGCCAGCUCCUAGGGACAGAUGCGAGAGGUACCCACAGCCCCCCUGAAGACCUAGCCUCCAGUGGCUACUCGUGACCACUGCUGCUGUAAGCUCUUGCCACUGAAGGUGAGCUCUGGAGACAGAGACAUGCUGCAGGGCUGAGAGGUGUCAGGGCUCCCUCUCCCAUCUCCUAACUACAGGCAGUUCUACUGUUGUGAGUUUGACCAUCCUGAACCCAGGCCUGUUGUUUACAGGGGGCCUUACCCAGAACCCUUCAGUGGGAGGUGUCAGUGAACAGUAUAGCCUAGCAUCUAAGCAUCAGGAAAGAACAGCUCCAUCAAAAAUUGAGCCAUUUUGUCACUUGGGAAAAAGUAGUAAAGCUUCAUAUUUAUUUAAAGAGUGCUCCAGGCCAUAGCUAAUAGCAAUAAAGUAGGUCUAGCCAAGAGAUGACCAUCUGAGUCAUUAGCUGUGAGUGCUCUCCAUAAGCUGUUUAAGGUACUGCUAGGGAUGUUUGUUCUUGAUAUUAACUGGGGAUUUUGUUCUUGUACAUUGAUUUCAUAUGAGGAGGGGUCACUUUUCAAAAACAAAAUGAGUAUUUAUUAUGUCUUACUGAUUUCUCGGACUCUCUCUUCCUCAGUUUCUCCUCAUGCUUCCCCACAUCUCUUUGGCUUCUGCUCCCAUUGGUAUGUUUGUUUUUGUUUUUGUUUGUUUGUUCUUUUUUUUUUAAAGAAAACUGUGCUGCAUAGGUAGAAUGUUGUAUAGCUAGCAUUGUAUUGUAUGUAAUUAAUUUUGCACAAAGGCAAACAUUUAGCACAGUAGUUAAUUUUGUUUGUUUUUAUGACCAUGCCAAAAUAAUAUUCUGGGCUAGUAGAGAACAAAAGACUGUUCUUUAGGAUUGAAACUUGAUUUUGCUUGUAGUAAGAAAAAGAAAAAGAAAAAAAAAUCCCACACACUCACAGAUGUCGUUUCGUAAGUGUUACAAGCACUGGAUAUAAAUGGUAUUUUUAUCACUGACUAAUGUGAAACUGGUAUGGAAACUACAUGAACAAAAGUCACCUGUUUCGACUCGUGUGGGCUUGCCUCACAGUUGCCGGAUCUGAGUCAUUUUUACGUCUUGUUAUUUCAUUUAUUUAUGCAAAAUACAUGUGUGUAGGAACGCUCUGUGUCAGCUCCAGCUCGGCCUCAGCACUGGGGGCCAGUAACUUCUAGCCAUAUUCUCAAGUGCAAAAGCUGUCCGGGAAUGACUGGGUAUGAAUGCCUCUUUCAUUGGCUCAGACAGUGAUGCUGUAUUCAAAUCUAAAUUUUGUGCAUACACAGUUUAUUCUAUUUAUUAGCCACACUUGGCUCUAAAUAUCCAUGGGAAUGGAGAAUGACAAUCACAGAGAUCACUUACAUCAGUGGGGCUUAAGCAAAGUUUUUAUGACUUCACCAUCUCAUUUUUAGAGUUUUCUAAUUGUGUAAAUAUAACAUAGAAAUAGAAUUUAUUUUUGGUUCAUGAAUUCCUAGUGACAUAUAAGUUAUGAAUCUUCUUUCUGUUCUCUAUUCAUAUGUGUUGCUCCACACUAAGAGCUGGCCCAUCACAUUUCGUGUGGACAGAGAGUUAUCAGCUUCAGUGAGGCAGUGUCUACCCUCAGCCAAGACAGCAGGACCCCUACCUGCUUCUCACACAGUCUGGAACCCGCUGGUCCCCCAGCUCAGACUCCCCCUAGUUCUAAAUAGAAAGCUGAGGAGUUGCACACACUGAGUUUCCAGCAGAGUUAAAAGAAAGUCAGCUUGCUUUGGGAAUCCAUACCUGUCUGUCCAGAUAGUUCUGUGGCCCUAGAAUGGCAAGAAGCAGGAGUUGUAGUUCAGAGGUAAAGAUCUGCCUGCAAGGUUAGUAUAAACCCCACAGCACCAGUCAAGGGCAAUCUGAAGUCACCUUCUUACAAUGUUCCAUUCCCCAGUUUACACUAGCUUUAAAUCAGAGCCCAGGUUUGUCUCCAUCAAAGAAGUCACAGGAUCAGGUCUUUCUUUGUCAACUGGGAACAACAGCAUUGAUAGACAGCCUACUUAAUAAUGAACAGGUUCUAUGGAACAGGAAGGAAGGGCAGAGAGGAAGGAACACAGGGACACAGAAAAAGGUUCUUCCAUGGACAUGAGAAGCCUAGUUGGCAAUUUCUCUUCCUCGCUGGCAAAUUCCAGGCCAUGUUGUUUUCGCAAACACUCUCUCAACCUUUCAGGUUUGCAUCAUGAGCUAUUUGAUACCUUCUAGCCUGUCCUCAGCCUGCAUUCCUUCUCCAAGGCUGACACCAGCUCUCUUCUCCAAGGCCUGACACUGACUCCCAAGCCAGCUUCUAAAUUCAGGUGUGGGCUGCCAGUGCUGUUCCACUUGUCAAAUGCUGGCCUCCUCUGGACAUUUGCCCUGUGUGAGUGAGCCGGAGGAGUGCUAAAAAAAGGUGUGAUCCCUCUAGGGCUGACACCAGGCUCCUGCAGAGCCAGGCUACAUCUCUAGUAUACAGUCUCUGAGCCAGGAGCUCAGCAAUCAAGGGUGACCACCUCCUUCAGUAGAAACAUGGCCUGGUCACUGCUGAUGCCACUAAGGAGGGUGUUGCUUUCCAGUCACUCAGUUCCAAUAAACUGACUUUACCAGCUCCUUAGGGAAAGGCAACACACAUCACUUCAUAGUUUUGAGCCAUAGAAGUCCUGUACCAAGUGCCAACAACAGCAAAGAUCUGCCUCUACAAGAAUCAGUUGAGAUGAUGGCCAACCAGGUCUUCCUCUUUACUGAGAAAUUGGCAACCAAUUGGCUGGCUGUGCCCUUGCCUGGUGUGCACACUAUCCUCUAAGGAUCGGGCUGACCCUUGAGCUCAUUCUCCAAGUGUAACAACAGUUGUGGCCUGGCUUGUCUCACUUGCCCUGCCUUUUCUUUAGACCCUCUAUCCCUGAUGUGGCUUCUUUGUGAGCAGGUAUUCCUCCUGCCAAUCAUGUUGUUUGUAACGCUGCACAUGAUGGUGGGUCUGCACAGCAAAAGUAGAUUGAAAAUCAUGACAUUGCAAGCAUAGUUCUUCUUUGUCCCCAUUCUGACCUUUCCAAACACCUAUAAACUGGCACUCUCGAGGGCAGAGGAACAGGGAUUCAGGGAGGGAUGGAAAAGUCAAGGCUUCCCGCAGAUUUCCAUCUAUUGACAAAGAAGCUGGUGGAAGGCGAGUAGGUGAUGUUUCUUGCUGGUCUUAUUUCCACAGAACUGUAGGUGUAGAGUAGGGCUUCCAUGUGUGGCACUCUGGGAGUCUGGGGGAUGUGCAAACAUUUAAUUACCAUCACUAUACAUUGCAGGUCUGCUGGUGUGCCUCCUCCAUUGUCUUUCUUGGUCAGAGAGCAUUUACUCUGUCUCCUAUUAAAACUCAGCCUUCAUUGUAUCCUCCUCCAGCUUGUAGCACAUUAGAAUGUUUUUAGCACUUGUUUUUGCUCAUUCUUGUAUUUGCCAUGUACAAUUCUGAAUUACCCUAUACAAGCCUCUAAGCUGUUACUACAUAACUUAUCUUACUGUAACCCUUUUCUUUGCCUACAUUGUAAUUUGUUUGUGAUGUAUAUUGUGAGAUUGUAUUCUAUGUUAAUUUAAUCAGCACAACUCACUGACAUGCUGGACUGACAUGCUGGCUGCUGUUUUGAAGUAUAAAGCUUGUGUAGGGCUGUCCGGACAACUACAACUCUGUUGCCAAGGUACUGUGCAUUGGUUCCCAUAGCAACACUGUGGGUGUGACCCUUGAAACUCUAGGGACAUUCGGCACACCCUCCAGUAAAUUUUAAGUGCAGAUUUUCUUUGUUGAAACUCUAUGAAUACCACAGGUACCUACGUGGCCCAUGGCUGGUAACUAUUUUGGGCAAUUAGAAAAACAAACAAGCAUUAAAAAACUAGUGUCUAUUGCUGCUUUGAAUAUGUUUGAAAGUCUGAAAAUGUAAAUAGUUUAUCAAAAAAAAAUCUUGUACAGUCCAGUGUAAAGUUUUUAAAUGACCUGAAGGGUUACCAUCACAGCUUUCCCACACUCUCCUCUGGAUAGUGAUAAAGAGAAGUUUGCUAAGGACUUAAAGAAUUGGGAAAAAAAACAACAGAAUCUCUUCAAACGCAAAGGAGUGGAUCACUGCCCCUAGCUUUGUCACAUACACAGACCUCUUGGAUCUUAUUGGACAGUAUUGGCAUGAGACAAACUCAGCAUGGAACACCCUCCAGUGGGACUUGUCCAGGGCUUUCCAGCUCUGCCUCACAAUUAAGGGACAGGAUGAGAUAGAAAGGCGUGCUGUCUUUGUCUAUCCUGGAAUACCUUGGCACCUUAGCUACUUUCCCCCUCUUUGCACAAGGUGCUUUCCCGGUAUGUGUUAGACACGCCAUCCUUGGGUGAUAAUGUAUAUGCCAUGAGAGGGCUCAGGCCCGCGGGGGAGUGUCUAUAGGAACUGCCUAUUUAUGCUCAUUUACCUCAAGACUGUCCUCUACCCUAAACUAGUUGUCAUCACUCCAUCUUUUGUACUGCUGUUGACACUUACCAAUUAAAGAUAAAUUUUGUUUUAUGA